AUGGCGGACGUGCCAUUUACCCUAGCGCUCAUCUCGGGCGGCAUUGCCGGAACAACCGUGGACUGCGCCUUGCAUCCCUUGGACACCUUCCGAACGCGCCUCCAAUCUGAGAAGGGCUUUUGGGCUUCAGGUGGCUUCCGAGGUGCCUACAAAGGCAUCCUGUCAGCGGCGCUGGGCUCUGCUCCUGGUGCUGCCAUGUUCUUCUCCACCUAUGAGACCAUGAAGCAGGUCUUCAAGAGCUUCUCUGGAGACCAGGAGCAUCCAAUUCACCAUGCAAGUGCCUCCGCUUGCGGGGAGGUCAUGGCGUGCCUGGUGCGAGUGCCAACCGCGAACAUCACGCAGAACAUGCAAGUUGGUCGGUUCACGAGGCUAACAGAAGCCGUAAGCGCAAUUAACAAGACCGGCGGACUUGGGGCAUUCUAUGUGGGUUAUGGGACGAUGGUGAUGAGAGAAAUUCCAUUCUCCUUCAUCCAAUUCCCCCUCUAUGAGAGGUUCAAGAAGAUCAUCGCAGACCGGCAGGGCAGCGAGACCACAGCUUUGCAAGGCGCUGCUUGUGGAUCGGUUGCUGGUGGCAUUGCCGGAGGCAGCACCACACCCUUAGAUGUGGCGAAGACGCGAAUCAUGCUGGAAAAAGUUGAAGAGGGAGCUGUUCGAAAGUAUGGCGGAACCCUCCAAGCUCUCAGCACAAUCUUUGCUGAAGAAGGUGUGCAAGGCCUCUUCAAAGGCAUUGGUCCUCGGGUGACCUGGAUCACCGUGGGCGGUUUCAUCUUUUUCGGAGUACGAGGGAGCACAGAAGGGACUCCAGCGGACCGGCCUUUGGUGAGCGCCACGCGUGUGGCCGCACUACGCGGCCGAGUUGACAUCGAGGGUAACACGCCUUUGCAUGUGGCCGUGGAGGCCCCCCGGAAUGAGAUCGCCACGGUGUCCUGCCUCCUGGAAAACAUGGCCAAUCCGAAUGUGCAGAACUACAUGGGCGCUGCACCCUUGCACUAUGUGUGCCUGAGAAAAAGCAACUGGAGAGGCAUAGCAAACCUAUUGCUGGAGAAUGGAGCUGACAUCGAUUGCCAAACCUUUGGUGGAAAAUCUGCUCUCCAUUUCGCUGCUGAACACCAGCUACCGGAAUUGGUGGAGGUGCUUUGCUUGUUUGGCGCCGAUGCAAAUUUGCUGGAUGCCAAAGCCAACACGGCGAUGCACCUGGCCCUGGCAAAGGUGGGUGGCAGAGACACAGUGAAGAAGCAAAUUCUGGAGCAACUGGUUUCUGCAUCUGCUUGUUUCCAGGUGCACAACCUCAGUGGCCUGGCCCCAUUGCACUUGGCUUGUUCCACUGGGGCAAUCAGAUGUGUUCAAUUUCUGAUUGAAUCGGGGAGUGACAUUCUCGCCACCACAGCAGCUGGCGAGAGUGGACUUCAUUUGGCCUGUGCGUCGGGCUUUGCAGAGGUGGUUCAGCUCUUUAUUCAUCAUGCCUUCCGGCUGAUCGAUGUGCAGGAUGCGUCCGGUAACACGCCUUUGCACGUCGCCGCGGCGGAGGGGCAUCUAGAAUGUGCCUUGAUCCUGCUGAGGAAUGGUGCAGAGGUGGACUUGAAGAACAACCAGUCUUUGACUGCCUACGAGGCCCCGUGCCACCCCCUUUAUUCUGCGCGUGCAGAGUGGUCGUGGCGCGGCCGCGGGUGUCGAUCCGCGAGCAACGCCGCAGGUGUCGACGGCGAAAGGGCAGGACCUGGCCAGCAGACAUAA